GCUUAUUCGAAGAACGUCACCGCUCUGGUCGGGAAGACCGCGCAGCUCAAUUGCAGGGUUCACGAUCUAGGAAAUAGAACAGUAUCAUGGAUCCGGCAUCGGGACAUACACCUCCUAACUUCAGGCAGGAUGACAUAUACCUCAGAUCAGAGGUUCAUAAGCGUCCACAAUCCUCAUACUGAGGAUUGGAUAUUGAAAAUAAGGUUUCCCCAGCGCCGGGAUUCCGGCAUCUACGAGUGCCAAGUAGGCACCACGCCGCCCAUAGGACACCGAAUGUAUCUAUCGGUCGUCGAACCUCUGACCACGAUUCUCGGAGGGCCGGAGCUGUUCAUCAACACGGGUAGCACCAUCAACCUCACCUGCGUCGUGCAGCAUUCGCCAGAACCUCCUCCCACUAUACGUUGGACUCAUAACGAUGAGGAAAUAAAUUACGAUUCGCCACGUGGUGGCGUAUCAGUGAUCACGGAGAAAGGGGAGACGACUACUUCCCAUCUCUUGGUUCAGAAGGCUCGAGGGCCUGACUCUGGAAGGUAUACUUGUGCACCAGCCAACGCUAAUCCAAGAUCAGUGUUGGUGCAUGUACUCAGUGGUGAGCAUCCAGCAGCGAUGCAACAUGGUGGUCAGCUACGUCUUCAGUAUCCGCUGUCAGCCGCUUUACUCAGCGUUAUCGUUACCCUGAUGGGCUGCUAGUAUAGUGUCAGAAACAUAAUUGAAUUUAAUUGUUUAUAAAUAUAAUGAAAAGUAAAUUAAAACGUAUACACCUCCCAUCAGAUUAAUACAAAAAGUAAAAUAUCCACAUUCGAUUUAGGACUUUUCUACCAACAGUUUAAGACUCAAACUUGUCGACGUGCGAUCGACAGUACAAUCACAACUUCAUUUAAAUACUCACAAUGAAAAUCUAAAUUUUGGGCGCAUUCUGUUGUAUAAGUAAUUGAUUAAAUAUUAUAUUUACAUGGUGUAAAAUAAUAUAACUUAUUUGUAAUUUUUAUAGACCACUAUCCACUUGUUGGUGCACUUUGGUUUUUCUAUUUAUAUUUGAGCAUUUAUUUCCAUUAUUUCCCAAUGAAGCCAAGUGGAAAUAAGUCUACUGUAAAAUAUUACAAUACAUAUAUUUACAU